AACUUUAUCAUCUGUCUCGACGAGAAGUAUAGCUGUUACCUAUUGAUGUUUUCUUUUCAAUUUUCAUUCAUCGUUUCAUUUUAAUGAGUGUGAAUAUAUAAUAAUUAAAUAUAAAACAAUUAAUAUUUUUGGAAAACGUGACGAGUAUAUUUCCGUUUCUUCUUCAGUUGAGAAACAUUGUGAAUGAGACAGCCAUGUUUCGAAUGUUCAUACUUAUUCUUCCAGCUUUCGAAGAUAUGACGAUCAUAUAUAAUGCUUUUUGUUGAAUAAUAAAGAUUAUGAUGCAGCAUUGAGUGAUUUGUUCCAUAAUGCCGGUUCAGCAAAUAAACGUGAAGAACUCUUCAGACAUUGAAAGUUGGGAAUGGGGCGGCGGAUGUGGCAGGGAAGCAGUGCGCGCAGGGUCCGGCAGCAGUCAGACCUCGUGCUCCAACUCCAGCGGGGACAUUUGUCGAAUAUGCCACUGCGAAAGCGAAGUACACAAUCCCUUACUAGCGCCCUGCUAUUGUUCUGGAAGCCUCAAGUAUGUCCAUCAGAGUUGUCUACAGCAGUGGCUAACAGCUUCUGAAACCAGAUCCUGUGAACUAUGCAAAUUUAAUUUUAUUAUGCACACAAAAAUAAAACCAUUCAGCGAGUGGCGCCUGCUGGAGAUGUCGGGCGUGGAGCGGCGGCGGCUGUGCUGCGCGGUGCUGUUCCACUGCGUGGCGGCGCUGUGCGUCAUGUGGUCGCUGUUCGUGCUCAUCGAGCGGGCCGUGGAGGAGGUCAACAGGGGACUCAUUGCGUGGCCUUUCUGGACGAAGUUGGUGGUGGUGGCGGUGGGGUUCACUGGCGGCGCCGUGUUCAUGUACAUCCAGUGCCGCCAGUACUUGCACCUCUGCAACCGCUGGAGGGCGCACAACAGGAUACUGCUGAUACAGAACGCCCCGGAGAAGAUACCGAUAAGCGGCUCGCCCCCGCUGCGCAGCAAGCGGCGCGAGCGCAGCACGCGCGGGCAAGUGGUCGCCAACAUCGAGCCGCCGCCGCCGCCCGUCGACUACAGCGUGGAGGACGAGAGCGGCGGCUUCGAAGCCUACCGCGCCAACCCGCUCCGCCGCCUGUCCGCGCUCGCGCCGCGCGCCGAGCCGCCCGCUGCGCGCCGCGCCUCCGACACGCGCCUGUCCGCGCCCGCGCCCGCGCCCGCUCCCGCGCACGCGCACGUCAGCCCGCCGGCAGAGACGGCGGCGGGCGGCGUGUACCACAUCAACGUGGACCCGCUGGAGGCCGACAUCCGCUCGCUGCUGGCGCUGGAGGCGCGGCGGCAGGCGCGGGCGGCGCGCUCGCUGCCCAACCUGCGCGCCUCGUGCGAGUCGCUGCUGCCCGCGCCCGCGCCCGCUCCCGCGCCCGCGCCCGCCGCGCCUGCGCCGCCGCCCUCCUGAGGCCGCGCCGGCCUCACGCUCUACCCCGACGACACGGUUUACUAGCGAACCGGCCCGCGCUCCGUGCGCUGCGGGGCCUACGAGAUCGCCACCAAGUUAUAGUGCGGCGCGCUCGAGACGGACGUGUGAGUGUUCCCUCG